AUGUGUAACACGUGUGGCCUGCGUGAAUGCUCGGCCUCUUCCUUCCAACAUCCGACUGCGGAGCUUCGUCCCCUACGCAAGGCCGCUAGGGUCGUCGACCCCACGGAUUUCGUUGUGCGCCUGGUCCAGUGUAACGACGCGGAUAUAGAUAGACCUUGCAAAAGCGCCGAGGGCCUGCCCCGAGAGGCAGGCUAUGGCGGACGAUCCUUCGAUCCUUCGAUCCUUCGAUAG